AUGAAUCGCAGGUGGAUCUUGACUGGCCAGAGAGGCUUUGAGAAAAGCCUCAAGUACGAGGAGAACGUGCCGCAGGCCGAUAAGUUGGCAGCUCACGAGGUUCUGGUGGAGCUGCACGGUGCUAGCUUGAACUAUCGCGAACUCGCAAUCGCAGACACAACAGGUACGGCAGCUACCGCCGGCGUUAUUCGACAACACGUCGUGCCUGGUUCUGAUGGUGCCGGCAUUGUCAAGGCGAUUGGCAGUGCCGUAACAGCCUUUAAGACCGGUGACCAUGUCGUCACUCACCUAGCUCCCAAACAUGCCGAGCGUUGCGGGGAUUAUGAGUUGCCGGUUUACCAAGACAUUGUGGAUGGUCUUGGCCAGACUAUUGACGGAACUCUACAAUCAGAAGGCAGAUUCACAGAAAGCGGGCUUGUUCAUGUCCCUACAUCUCUUGGGUGGCCGGAAGCUGCAACUUUGACUUGCAGCGGCCUCACCGCCUGGAACGCACUCUUCGGCCUCAAAGGUAGAGAGCCUCAAUCCGGUACAUGGGUGCUUGUUCAAGGAACAGGUGGUGUGAGCAUUGCCGCGCUUCAAUUGGCGGUAGCUGCUGGAGCUACCGUCGUCGCCACGACAUCAUCCGCAGAAAAGGAGGAGAGGCUGAAGGCACUCGGCGCAAGCCACACUACUAGCUAUCGAGACAACCCCGAGGACUGGGGUGUCAAGACGAGGAACUUCACUCCAAAUCAGGAUGGCUUCGACAUUGUUGUCGAUGUUGCCGGCAACGACUCACUAUCUCAAUCGCUCACCGCGGUGAAGACAAAUGGUGUGGUUGUCUCUGCAGGCUUGGUCGGAGGCAAAGCCGAGGCUGUGCCCAUGCUGGCUGCUCUCAUGCGCCCAUGCAUUGUCAGGGGCGUGAUCUUGGGAAGUCGGGCACAAUUCCAAGAUAUGAUCCAGUUUAUCGAGGAGAAGAACGUCAAACCGGUUAUCGAUGACAAGACUUUUGAGCUCGCGGAGGCAAAGGCUGCUUAUGCGCGAUUGAAGGAGAAGAAGCACUUCUCCAAAAUUGUUAUCAAGAUUGACCACUGA